AAUCCAGGUAACUGCCACUUAUCGUCCACACGACUACAACAAUGGAGAACUGAGAAAUUUCUCUUCACUUGUUAUUUCUCACCACGUGCGGCAGUUGUAAACAUGAGGUUCUUGUUGGAGCUAGUGUCGUGUUGUGGAUCACCCGAGGCAGAAGGCGCCAGUCCCGUGGCGAAGCUAGUCGAGCCGAGAGAUGAGGAAACGAGGUCGUUGAUGCGCCGGAGCUACCAGCGUAAGAGACGCGGCCGAUCUGGAGGUUCAUCGACGGAGGAAUGGAGGCCGUCGUUGUGUUCAAUUUCUGAAGAUUUUGUGAUGGACAGGACCAAAAGUGAAAGAGAGAGAAGCUGCAAAAGGAAGAACGGUGGAUCGCUGCGAGACAAAGCUCGCUUUCGUAGCUGUAGCCGAGAUUUCGGGCAAAAUUCAGGGCCAUCCAUCAUUCCAGCAUUCUCUGCAACCCCGUUCAUGUUCUGAUGGCUAGAAAAUUACCAUGUAGGACAAUAAGUUCUGUAAAUUAUUAUUAUUUUGUGUUCUUCAAAUAGGGCGAUCUCUUAAUUGAAUCAAGAGUGUAAUUUCUAUUAGGCGUUUAGUUCUUCACCCGGUUAAAUUGUAAAUUGUUACUCUUAUGUAUAUAUUUAUUUUAUAUUACUAUUCUUAAACAAUA